AUGUCGAAUUUGCCUGGCGGUCCAGACAUGCCUGUGUUCCUAGGCGAACGAAGAGAUGACAAAAAGGACAUUGAUAAUGCUGCUGCUAUCGAUGACAAGGAUGACAUGGACGACUUCAGCCUCCACGUGCAGCGCUAUCGGCCGGAGGAGCUGGAUAAGCUCGCCAAAACGACCAAAUUCUCCAGGAAGGAAAUCCAACUCAUCUACAGAGGGUUCAAGCAGGAGUGUCCGACGGGCCUCAUCGACGAGGAAGGCUUCAAGGGCAUCUUCUCGCAGUUCUUCCCCCUCGGAGAUGCCACUCAUUACGCUCACUAUGUCUUCAAUACUUUUACGCAAAAUAAUCAAGGACAGAUCAGUUUCGAGGACUUCCUGGCGGCACUGUCGACGGUGUCCCGCGGGUCGACGCAGGAGAAGCUGCAGUGGAUCUUCGGCCUCUACGACGUGAACAACGACGGCCUCAUCACCAAGACCGAGAUGGUGGACGUCGUCACCGCCAUCUACGAGAUGAUGGGCCGCUCCACCGAGCCGCAGGUGGAGGAGACGUCCGCCAAGGAGCACGUGGAGAAAAUCUUUCAUCUGAUCGACACGAACCAAGACGGCGCCAUCACCAUCGAGGAACUGGCCGAAUGGGUGUCCCGCGACGACACCAUCAUUCAGAGCCUCAGCAUGAUGGACACCGUACUCUACACCCGUCGAGAUCGUGGUGCUGACGGCGCCCCUCCGCCCACACGCCCGUCGCUCAGCCAGCCCUGA